AUGGCGGCAGAAUCCAACUACGACUACCUCUUCAAGGUGGUUUUGAUCGGUGACAGCGGCACGGGUAAAUCCAACCUUCUCUCGCGAUUCACUCGCAACGAGUUCAGCCUCGAGUCCAAGUCCACCAUCGGUGUCGAGUUCGCCACCCGUUCCAUCUCCGUAGACGGAAAGACAGUCAAGGCUCAGAUCUGGGAUACUGCCGGACAGGAGCGAUACCGUGCCAUCACAUCUGCAUACUACCGUGGUGCCGUCGGCGCCUUGCUCGUAUACGACAUUGCUAAGCAUCCUACAUACGUCAACGUCUCCAGGUGGCUCAAGGAGCUUCGCGACCACGCCGACAGCAACAUUGUCAUCAUGCUUGUUGGAAACAAGAGCGAUUUGCGACACUUGCGAGCUGUUCCUACAGAUGAGGCGAAAGCCUUUGCUGCCGAGAACAACCUCUCCUUCAUCGAGACUUCGGCCCUUGACGCUUCCAACGUAGAGCAGGCAUUCCAGAACAUUCUUACAGAAAUCUACCGCAUCGUAUCGAACAAGGCGUUGCAGUCUUCCGACGACGUCAUCAAGCCUUCCGGCGGAGAGACAAUCACUGUGCAGCCAAGCGCUGACGAUGGUGGACAGACCAAGAAGAACGGGUGCUGUUAA